ACUAAUUCCUACAUGUUCACACUGUGUCCACAGUGAUGUGUAUGAGGUAAUAUUCAUUCCUACAGGUACACAUUGUGUCCAUAGUGAUCUGUAUGAGGUAGUACUAAUUCCUUCAGGUUCACAUUGUGUCCUCAGUGAUCUGUACGAGGUAGUACUAAUGCCUACAUGUUCACACUGUGUCUACAGUGAUAUGUACGAGGAAGUACUAAUUCCUACAGGUUCACAUUGUGUCCACAGUGAUCUGUACGAGGUAGUACUAAUGCCUACAGGAUCACACUGUGUCUACAGUGAUCUGUAUCAGGUAGAAUUGAUGCCUAAAUGUUCACAUAGUUGCCGGGAUAGCGACAUCAAUUUAGGCUAUCUGUUUCGGAAAUGUGUCUCUCCCGGCCUGUAACCAUCGACACGACGUUUUCUUCAUUAUGUAACGUAACCAUAUUAGUUCAGUUACAUCACGGACUAUAUAAGGGUGGGUAUGGCGAUGACACACACAGAGACAACCAAGAGAUUCAUCAUAGGCUCCUGGCGUGUCAACCACGGAUCGAUGAUAAUAAAUCGACAAGAAGAUGGAGGGCGCGGGCUAUGCACAGGUAAAUUUCUGGGAAAUAUAGAUUGCUGUUCCUGGAAUUCAUUGAAAGCGGACGUACCGAGACGCAAGUGGUCAGGAUAACCAAGAGCAACGCGCAUCAUGAGCUUUGUGGUGAUGCAACGGUGUCCAGAUUGUGGUGGGACUUUCAAGGACAUAUCAAACAACAGAAUCUGCCAUAGCCGAGGUUCAGGGAAACAUGCAAGCAAACCUUCUGUGGUCCUAAAGCAAGUCUGUCUUGAUUGUGGUCGAGAUUUUUUGAACCUCGCAAAUCACAAAGUAUGUCAUGGAAGAGGGGCAGGAAACAGGCGGACAUCUUAUCCACUGGAAGCGGUUCCUUGGUUGGCGCCCACACAGACCUACAUUGACUAUGUUCAGGGGAACGCUGAUUCCACGCCCAGGCCACCUCGUGACUCAGGACAUGGUCAAACUAACCACCAGGAUACACCACCCCCUACGCCCCCUUCCUCCAACACAGAGAGACGAACACCUGCCCAACAAUCCCAGGUGAAGAAGAAAGCCAUUGAUGUGCGGCGUGAGAGCUGCAAGACAGGCGGGGGUCCAGCACCAGUUGGUCAGUCUGACCUGGAGCACAAGGUUGUGUCAAUGAUUCCUCAGCGCCAGAUUGAAGGAAUAACUGGUGGAUUAGAGAGUGAAGUGGAGGAAAAAAGGGAAGCUCAGCCAGGCGUGACUGCCAUCCUUGCUAGUGAAAAGGAAAGGACUGGAAUACUGAAGGUCCUCCUUGACGUACAAAGAGAAAUCCUGGCUGUCUCGAAACAGCGACUUCAGGUGGAGACUGACAGGCUGGCCCUGGAAAGAGAGAAAUUUGAAUUUAAAAAAAGUGUAAUUAACCUACCAUAAUACAAAACUGUUUCUCCCGUAAUACAGUUUCUGCAUGAAUUGUAAUCAAAUUCAUUAUCUAAUUAUGAGAUAAUCCUUUUUGGAGCUUGUUUGAAUGAAAUUUGUUGAUAAUCUUGUAUGUAGCUUUUGUAAUGUUGAAAAUGAAUCUCUAUGCCAUGUAUAUUGGGAGUGUAAUGCAACCCAAAGUUUUUGGAAAGAAAUCGAAAGUUAUAUUAUAAAAAAUAUACAGACUUUUGAAAUAACAAAAUUGCAGUAUGGUUUGACAUUUUAGGCAAUAACAAUUACUAAACCACAUAAUAUUUUCUGCAUUUUGUUUAAUUUAUACUUUCACCUUAUCAACUAUUCAAUUCCUACAAGUUUUGAAAGACAUAUCUGCUGUUGAAAGAUUCACAGCAAGAAGAAAUAACAGCUUUGAUAACUUUAUAAAUAAAUGGUGGCCUAUCAUCCCAAUAUUCAAUCUUUGACAAACUUAACAAAAUGAUAUUGAUGAGUUUUUAACUCACACCUGCUGUACAUGUAUUACCUUUUUCACUAGCUUAUCUGAAUUAUGCAUGGGAACAAAAAAAACAAAAACUAUUUUAUGAUUUUUAUG